AUGGCAACACUGAUGCAUGGACCAAUGCAUUUUUAUCAGCUUGUGUACAUCAGCGUUCUGACUACAGCUUGUUGGAGCUUUCCUGAAAGAUUUCUGGGAGGGCCAUCUCACAACCUACAAAUGGAAUCUUACAAUUUUCAGCACAUUUUGUCCUGGCAGACAAAAAGUGAUCCAACUGUUCCAACAUACUAUCAUGUGCUGUACACUGACCGCAGGAACUGGAAGACUGCUGAACAAUGUUUGAAUAUUACACAACUGUCCUGUAAUCUGACAGAUGAUUUUAAAGAGAUUCAGACUCAGUAUUCUCUAUUGGUUCAGAGCUUCAUAGGAACUGAAGUAUUCACUUCUAAUGCACUUCAUUUUUGUCCAUUUACUGACACAUUCCUGGGACCACCAGAAGUUAAUAUCAGUUCCUGUCUAAACUGCAUAAAUGUCACCAUAAAGCUGCCAACCUCUCAUGUCAGAAAAAAUGGAAAGCUACUGUCUUUAAUUGAUAUAUAUGGUGAGCUUGAUUAUGAUAUAACACUGAAAACACGCGACGGAGAGCAUAAGAGGCCGCAUGAGAAAACCACUGAAGAAGUUUUUAGUACUGUCAUUGAAGAAUUGUAUCCAAAUAGAAAUUACUGUGUGUCUGUUUCGGUCACUGCAUCUAUAAAUAAACAUUCCAUCCCAUCAGCCUGGAAAUGUGUAGCUGCAGACUCUGUAACUCGACAAGAUUAUCAUACAUUUGCAAUCACAGGCGCUGUAUGUUUUUCACUGAUACUAGCUGGUGCCCUGAAGUGUGUUCAUGCAGGAUGUUAUAUUCUUAAAAAAAAACCACUUCCCUGUGCCUUG